CUUGAAGAUGUGUUCGAUAUAAAUAUCGAACAAAUUAAUGAAAUACCAUUAAUUAGCAUUGAAGCUUUUGAAGAAGAUAUUAAGGAUACAGUUAAAUUAUUAAAACAUUUGGAUUGUUCUAAUGAAUCCACGAAAGCCAAAUAUAUUUCACAGAUUCUGGUUGGAGUAGUAGAUACAUUUAGUAAGGCGGAUAAAAUUUCAUUACACAAAGAAUAUUCCUUGUCUGGUGUUAAUGGUAAUGAAAGCCAAGAUACAGAAUUCCCAAAUGAUGUAGAAUUUCCGAAUAAUGAAAAUCAAUAUGUAGAAUUUCAUAUUAAUGAAAAUCAAAAUAUAGAAUUUCAAACUGAAUCCGAAUUUCAGA